AUGGGCAACACACACUCGAUCGAGUCGAUUCAGCAAUCCGACCUUCACAGCAGCCCCAGCAGGAGAGCACCUCAAAAACUCUCCAAACCGAGAGUCGGAAACCAUGGCUCGAUAUCUUCGGCACAGGCAGCUGGCCUACUAGGCAGUCACAGCCGCACCGGCUCCGUCAGCCUCCCGCCUUCUCGAUCGAAUUCCCGCGUCAUGUCUGAAGCUUUUUCACCCGAGCCUCCGACCACCAAUGAAUUGCAGACCGACACAUGUUCGCCAGCCGAAACUUUUCCUCCAGUACCACCAGAACCCGAGUCUAAGCCAGAAACGCCGGCCAGAGACUGGAAGCGGAGAGCAAGCUUAUUCCGCUCCAAGAGCUCCCAAGAGGCGCGUCGCAAGGAUAAGAGGAGGCAGACAAUAUUGGUGAGCCCUGAGGCUGAAGAUAGGAUGUCGAGGGCAAACUCUAUGACUUGGGAGUCUCAGAAGGACAUGGACCAAGCCAGGCAGCUCCAAGUGGACAGCUGGCUCGUUCCUGGAAACCGACAAUCCAUAAACUACAACUUGAUGUCCUACGAAUCCAGGCGAUUGCUAAAUUUGAGUGAAGACCUCGCCGCUUGCGAGGAGAAUUCCAUCAUGUCCGACAGCAAAUUCGAGGCUUCACCCUUCCAGGUGACGGCCAGUACGUGGAAGAGUUCGCAUCCGCACCAGCCGCCGGCGACAACACCAGCAACACCAGUAGCAGCACCGGCAACACCACUGCCACUGCCACUUCCUAGGGCCAAUUCUGACGUUUCUCUCUACGCUCCAGUCCGGCGACGAUCCAUGGUACAGACACCAGGAGUCGCGACUCGCGUUCCUUCGGCAACUGACUACUACUACUCCGCAUCGAGGAGAUCAAGCUUUCGGCACAGCAUGCCGUCGACCCCAGCCGGCGGGCGAUCGAGAUUGAACUCUAUUGAAGGAGGCUUCAUGGCCCUGAAUGAGCUUAUAGAAGCAGAGCCCAUGCCAGAGCUUCUGCCGCCGCCCGUCCAAGAGCCCGUUGAACGUGCCCUCACACCUUCCGACAUGGACUAUCGACCACUAGGCACGAUGAAAUUCGGAUCGUUGCGAAUCACGAACGGCGAGGCUAGCCCUCUUCCCAGCCCGGACCUCGAGCCGUCAAUCGAACACCAAGCGAUGGCGGAACAGCUUGCAAACGACGAUCUGAAGGGCGAGUUGGAGUAUGGUAACUACGAGGUUGAGAUUACUGUGUCGCCGGUACAGCGUGGUGCUACGCCUAAGGGACUCGGUCCGAUUGAGACGACUUUGCUGGGGGUGGAAUCACCCAGGUUACGAACAGACUCGCCGCUCAGCCCCGAGCUAAAGGUUGCAUCCAAGCACACAGCAAUGGAAGAUCAGCUGUUCGAGGACGACGUGCAAGUUGAAUAUUCGGCCGAGAUUCUAACCGUCAGAAAUGACCCGAACGCGAAACCGUCUCUUGAGCAACUGCAAGCAGACCAGUCUCAGAAGCAAUACCAGGGUGUCGUCCGCGCUGACAGCGGAGUCGUCACCAGCCCAACGACGGAAUACCAGCCUAACAAGCCGCUGUCCAAGGCUGAUUCCGGCUACAGUUCGAAUGUCUCAUUGAGGUCGUUCCAUGCCAAGCCAAAUGCGACCGGAAAAGAUCGACCGGCACGCGUAACCACGGAGCAAUCGGGCGACGAAAAAUCUGUCUCCAACCCAUCGCCCUUGGUUGCUGUUCCAGCAAUCAGCACCAUUAAUAUCGAUCAGGUUGCGAUUGAUGCAGCUGGCUCAGACUCUGCGUCUUCCACUCCUCCGCCUGUGCCACCCAAGAACGAUUCCAUGACUUUGCCAAACGCUAACACGAUGACGAUCACCUCUCCGAGACACUUGCAAUUCUUCAACCUGGCUCGUCGGGACCGGAAAACGACUUUCGAUAUGUCCAAGGCCGCGGAAAUCGGCCCCACAUCCCCGCAGCCCGCUGAAUCCAGCGCCGCCGACCCCGAUAAGCCUUCAGCUAUGACAAUUGGCAGUGGCUCUCAACGCGCAAGCAAGUUUCAGCGGUUCCUCACCGGCUCUGGUAUGCGAGGACCUCCGGCUGUUCAUGACACCCACGCCGCCAAUGAUGCCGUCCCUACUGUACCUCAGGAUGUCCAGACCAAGCUUGAGGAGCACACUGGGCGGUUCCCGUUGUCGGCCAGGAGGUUGACUCUUCGGACCCGGGAAAGCAAGGACACCUUGAAGACGAUCUUCAGCGUCGGCAGUGUUGAAAUCGGGCAAUCCGAUGCACCAGACCUGGCGCCUGUUGACAGAAAGAUUGUCGUUAGGAAGCCUGUCCCACAGGCGAGCGAGGCAUCUGAUGUACCGAAGACACCCAAGACUCCUAAGACUCCCCGCCGUCUGUCGUUUCAGAAUGUUGGCUCUACGAUCGGACAGGCUGCUGCCUCGGUGAUGCCGCGGCGCUCCAUCCAUCGGAAGCCUGUUCCAUCCGCCAGUGCUGAGAAGGCGAAGGAGGAAGAAACUAAGGCCGACGAGAUUUAUAGCGGAUUCGAAUCCAGGAUCACUGCCAUUGGCAGCGUGAGCGACAGUGUUGGUAAAAGUUCUUUCGACCAAGCCUUCAUGGCCCUGCCUCAAUCGAGAGAGGCCGAAAGACCCCGCUCAGCUAGUCGCACCUUCACGAUGACAGCGCAGAUGGAGCGUAGUAUGGGAACGCACCUUCGCGCCCAAGGUCAGAUGCCCUCGAUGGACGGUGAUGGUGGGCUUGCUCCUUCGCCACGCAGCCAAACCUUCACUGAGGCCGAUCUCAGAAAAAAGACGUCGCCUCCUGUCAGCUUGCACACCCGAAGCGGCAAGAGCCUUCGAAAGCCUGCGCCACUGCGCCCGAAAUCAUCAUCAUCCAGCGAGGGGCAGCAGAGACGGCAGAGUUUGUCCAGGCAAACCAGCCGCGAGACGAUCUACAGUUACCCAGCAGCAUCCCCCGGGGGAAUUGAUGAGACACUGGACGUCCCUCCCGUUCCGCCAAUGAGCCCUCGCAGCUACACAAUGCUUGAGCAGCAAUACGCGAUGCGCCGUCAGGCUUCAGAUGAUAAGUGGCGUCCCAGCAAUCAAGCUGGUCUGGCCCCUCCCCGUCCCGCCAUGCGGAGCAUGUCCACCAUGUCCCCGGCACCUCCUGCUCGUCAGCUCCGCCAUCGGGCAAGUUACGAUGGCUACUCUCAGCAGUAUCGAGGACCAGUAGCGCGGGGACCUCCCCCAAUGGGCCAAUCCGCCAGCCAAAGUGGCGCCUACUACCAGCAGCAGCUUCUGAACAUUGAACAGCAGCACUGGGAGCAGGAAGAAGACAUUUCUCCUGACAAUGUCCAGCCGGGUUUACACAGAACCCGUAGCCGCAGUCGCAGUGUUCAUGCAAGCGGUAACCCGCCCUAUCGAGUCCUACACAGCUACAACUCUCCCGCCUACCGCAACGUACCCAUCUGGGGCUGA